UCCAGCCAACAAGAUGAGCACAUGGUCAAGCGUCGUACAAUUUGCGCUGCUUCUUCUCUUGCUGCAGUCCGCUGCUAUAUCAGGCUAUGGCGACCAUGAGCGUCAUCGCUUGACUUCGCAGGCGGCGCAUAAGCUGAGCGCCAUAACCAAUCAGGCUGUAGCUCAGGCUACCGACUUGGCGGAUAAUGUGGUGGAGGAUCUGCUGCUGCUGGACUCGCAGAACUCCAUUAUGCUGGGCUAUCUGACCAACUUUGAAUCGUUUCUGGGCAUAGGCGAGCAGCAGGCAAAUCACACGCUGGAGAACUUCUUUGACAUCGUCUCGCAGUUCCUGGACGCCGAUGCAGCUGAGCAGGCGGAUACGCUGGAAACUCAGCUCAUUGCCAUGUGUCUGCAGCGCAACGGAUUCGACCGCUGGAAGCGCACUGUGCAGCUGCGCACCACGCAGCUGGUGAAGUCCUUUGGCAGGAAGCUGCGCAAGCACUUGGACACACUGGAUCUGGAGGAACGAGUGCCGGUCGAGCAGCGUUGGCAGCACAUUGAAACGCGUGAUGGGCAAAUCAAACUGGAGAAACUACGCAAAUUUAUAAAUUGGCUGGGCUCAAAUGCUCAUUGAGCAGUCCCAUUUAUAUAUUUGUUGUUAUUAUCGAGGGCUUUAACGAAAUGUAUUU